GCAGCUCGAGCAGAAACCAGAAACUUACACACAAACUGUUCAAACCGAAUUAAACAGAGGAAAGUAAUUGACCAGAUUAACUUCGCUUCAAGAUGACGGGAGCAAAAGACCGAAUGAGAGAGAAAAAGAUGAAACACCAGCCGAGGAACGUCCCGUACACGAGCUCAGGUCGUGGUGCUGGCAGAGGUCAGGGGUCACAGGUCUGGGUCAGAGGUCAUCAGGCUGGGGGUCAUGGUUACAGUCAAGAUCUGCCCAAAUACAUCACAGCGUCGUACUUCGCUAGAGCUCGCGCGGCGGAGGUGAGCGCCAUGCUGAAGGCCGUCAGUAGACCCGCCGGCAGCUGCCACGUCUUCAACGCCCUGCCCAAACACAUGCGCAGACGAGCCAUGAGCCACGACUGCAAGAGGCUGCCGACACGCCUGCGCGAGGGCGCGCUACGCCUGGCGGAGCGCAGUCAGCGCGCCCCAGACCAGCAGAAGAAGCCGGUGCCGAAGAGCCGGAGUCGGCGAGCGCGCCGGAGACACGGGAACCUGUUGCUGGAGUUCAACCGCCGACAGCAGGAGAGCCGCUGGCUGGAGACGCACAUCUGGCACAGCAAACGCUUCCACAUGCGCAAGAGCUGGAGCUUCUGUGUGCCGCUCGCGCCCACCGCCAAGGGCUACCGCGCCGCAUACCGGGCCAUGGACACACACGCCCUGCUGCAGGAUUUGUCAUAUUUCUGCUGCCUGGAGAUCCAGGGAUCUGAAGAACAGAUACUGAGAGCACUGGCUCGACUCACCAACAAACAAACAGGUCGCUCGUUGGCCGCGGUGUCGUGUGUGUCCGGCGCGCGGCAGGGGAUCGUCCAGCUGUAUCGAUCGGACUGUUUCCCGCGCGGCGCUCUGGGUCCGGCUGAGUUCCUGUGGCGACCCCGGGCCCCCGACGCCGCGCUCAGACAGCUGUGGAUCUGGCUCCACCCCGCUCUCAAACAGGACGUGCUGUCGGAGCUGCUGCUGGUGUGUGGCUGUUCUCCGGCCGUGUCGGAGGAUCUUCAUCCCGAAGCGGAUCCUGCAGGGAGGAAGAGGAAGAGCGAUGAAGGCGACGCCGGUCCUCCCCCCAAGAGGCUGCUGGGAGACGGGACUCGCCCCGCUGGAGCUCCGGUGCGCUGGGAGUCUCCCGACACACACAUCACCAUCAGCGACCUCACCCUGGAGAUUGUGCGCUUCCGCCUGAUUGGUCCGCUGGCUCACACGGUGCUCACAGACACGCUCCGUCCAGCCAGUGAGAUGCUGAGUGGCGAGGACGACAGCCUCCAUCGGCAGCAGACACACACGUUCCAGCUCCUGAGAGGAGUGUGUUCCACAGCAGAGCUCCCAGCAGGGUGUGUGUUGGGACUGACUGUGGAUGAUCCCAGACUGACUCUACCUCAGAAACGUGGAAAAACUGUACCUGACCUACAGCCGAGCACAGAGGAGGAUGAUGUGAGGGAUCUGAGACUCAGAGGAGUGGCGGCUCACUGCAGUCAGAGCUCACUGUGGGACGAGUCGAUCCGGGAGUGUGUGACGCGCGGCCGACUGUCGGAUCAGGAGCUGAACCGCAGGAGGAGUGAUCUGCUGGUCCCCGGCUCCCGCCUGUCCUCUUCUUCUGCUGUGCCGGUUCUGCUGGUCCAUCAUGCGGGCCGUGUGUGUGGAGAGGAGCGGCGGCACUGGGGCUCCGGCUGGGAUCUGCUGCUUCCCAAGGGAUGGGGAAUGGCCUUCUGGGUCCCGCUGGUGUAUCGUGGCGUUCGAGUCGGAGGCCUCCACAUGAGUCUCAAACACUCCCAGUUCAAGGGUCAGCCUCACUUCCCUCACGAUUACCCAGACUGCCCUGCAGGAGUGCGCUUCCAAGCCGAGCAGGAGCUGGAGCUUCGGGAAAAGUUCAAGAGACGUCCUCCAUCUAAACGCACCAACUACAUCAAACAUGGCUGCUUGGCGCCGUUCCGCUGCCCCUGGCAACAGCUGACGGAGGAGUGGGAGGAGCUAGUGAGUCUGAGCGAGGACACGGCCAGCAGAGACGACACACCGUUCACUGUUCUGAGGAGUCUGAAGGAGCUGCGGCUGCUGUCUGGAUGGAUCCGGCGGCGACAGCGUCUGCGCGUGACCCCUGACCCCCCUCUGACCCGUCUGCGCGUGACCCCUGACCCCCCGCUGACCCGGCGGGGCGUGACCCCUGACCCCCCGCUGACCCCUGCGGCGGCCUCAGCUCUACAGCAGGAGUGCAGGCGGUCUCUCCUCUGGGUGCGUCUGCGUCUGCUGAGUAAAGGCCAGCCGGCGCUGCACGCCAUGGUGUGUGUGCCCACGACCUCUGACCUCCAGCUGCUGCGUACAGAGGGUCAGAGCAGCGGCCCGCAGGAGCCGCGACACACAGAUCCCCCGAGUGACCCUGCGGAUCCGGAGCGUGUCCUGCGGGGUGUGUGUCCUCCUCCUCUGCCCGGGGUCGUGACCCACUGCAGCCGGACGCUUCUGGGAUGGGUCACGCAGGGCGACUUCUCUCUGACCUCUGGGUGUGGAGAGGCUCUGGCCUUCAUCAGCCUGACCGGCCUCACACACACACUCCUCACGCAGCCACAGGACCAGCGCGGACUCGUGCUCCUGCGCAACCCCUCGUCCCUGCAGUACCGCUUCGCCCAGAUCAGCCUCGACACCUGAGCGCACACACACACACACACACACACACACACACACACACACACACACACACACUCACACACACACCCCUGCAGUACCGCUUCGCCCAGAUCAGCCUCGACACCUGAGCACACACACACACACACACACACACACACACACUCACACACACACACACACACACACCCCUGCAGUACCGCUUCAGCUUCAUGCAUGUCAAACUUCCAAGACCAUGUGCUGAAAAUGUUUUUUAGUUUUUUUUGGUUUGUUUUUUUGAGAGACACUCUUUAAAUCAUAAAUUUGUGUUUUUUCUGCUGGGACUUGAGUGAUAUUUGAUUUUUGAAAACAUUUUAUUUUGUUUAAAGGUACAAUAUAUGUAAGAUUUUUGUAAUAAAAUAUUCAAAAACCA